CUGCUCCAGAAUUCUCUGCUUAGGCAGGGCAGCUCUCCCUGCAGCCUGCUUAGAACACCUCCCCUUUUACCAUGGUAUGGUCACUAGCACACAAUCUGCCAAGCCUGACACUGCCUCUCCCUUCAGAUGAGUAAGGAGGAUGACAGAAGUGCUUACUAGUGCCAGGUGAGCAACCAGGGAUCAGGUCAUCACAGCUGAGGAGUUCACAUCAAAAGACUUUCCAAACUGUGACUCAGAAGCUAAGUGCUCCCUAGCAUGCUGGCCAGGCUCAUCUGAGCCUCAGGACAAUGAGCCCAGAUAACCCCCAAUCCAGCCUCCUCCUCUGCUUCACGGAGAAAAACCAGGACAAGGCCCAGCAUCCCACCACAUUUCAUGUUGAGAAAGUCGAGAACAAGAAAGUUGGAUUUCUAGAAGCUAAAGAUGCCCUUUCUCCUUGGGACCGAAGACAUCACCUGCCUGACUUUUCUUCAAAUAGUACAGCACCAAAUCCCACCCAGCAAAAGACUCUGGUUCUCCAAACACAGCCCUGCAAUAGCAACCCUAAUGUUCAGAUGUUAGAAGCCCAGGACGAAAUAGUCCCAGGAGACAUUAGAUACCGCCUGGAGCCCCUAGUCCUGGCUCCACUCCAGAUGCAACUGCAGCACUCCUCCAGCCAGCCCUUCAAACAUCGGUGGCUCCCCUUCAGCAGAACCUAUGGAGAACGUUUCAUGCCCUGGAAGACAGAGCCUAAGAUUUACCAUGGGGUGAAGCCCUACCAUUCAGUUCACUUUACUUCACCCAAUCUAGGGGCAUUCCAGUCCCCUGGACAGCUCCCAGUGUUAGGAUCCACCAACCCAGCGGAAAACAGCAAGAAGCCAGAACUCCAGCCUUCUCUCCUCAACAGCCCUUCAGGCAAUGUUUGGCUACAAGGUGAACACAACAUGACUACUCCUCAUCAGAUUUCCUUCCAGAGUCCUCCUCUUGGUCUGUCAAUACUUCCAGUUCACAUGCAGAGCAGAAAAGUAGCACCAAUAGUGCGUAGGGGCCAUGCAGAAUAUCCCAACCAGCAGUACCAGAGUGACUUCCAAGCCCCUCCAUGGAGUCAAGUUCUCACCCCUGACCCAGACAAAAGAAGCCAUAGGAUCGACAAAUACAUCCAGCAUGUGCAGAAGGGAACAGUCGGAGGCCAGCAUUGCACUGCUGGUGUGCAUCAGCAGCCCAGCUGGUCACAGCGGGAGAUGGCCAUCCUGGAUGGGAAGUGCGUGGCCAAGUUUGAUGGCAACACAGUGACCAAGAUGUCUUAUCUACCUUCUCUCAAGCCCCUGGUAAAAAGAGUCAAGGGUAAGUUCCACUCUAACACACUAGGGGUCUUCAAAGACAAGUUCCAAACUGAAACUACCAGCAAACAAUUCUUCCAGGACUGGGGAGCUCAACCCCAUGUGCUCCAGGAACCUCAUUACAGAGGCAAUGAGAAGCUCCUGGGUUCACAGGCACCAGCUGAAGAUGCAACCACCUGGAGGACCACUUACAUGCCCUUGUUUACUGAACGGCUUAAAUUGUGUAAGCCCAAGGUCAAUGGCAUAAAGUCUGAGGCAAGCAAUUUCUCAACUGGGCACAGGAAAUCAUUCAGGCCAGCCCCAAAGCUUGGGUCUCAAAAUCAGGACAUCAGGAGUGACUGACCGAAUAACGUCUAUAAAAAUAUGCAGUUCAGGACACACAUCUGCUAACCAGCUAACAUAUACAAUCAAGGUCUCCAGACAGCUACCUCUGCCCUAGACUCAGCUUUCACACUGGAUUGCCCAGCCACACCCUAACCCUAGUCCUGCCCUCUGCAAUGCUGACUGAGCAAAGGCAAGAAACCUCUUAAGAAAGGAAAAAUUCACUGGUGUUCUGGAAGGUCAGUGUCCCAAGAGACAUGAGGAAAAAGAAGUUCAGAGUCAUUCCCUCUAACCACUGAACCGGCGAGCCAAUGACAAAGUACUAAGUUUUCUCCAGUGGAAAUUAAAUUCUCUUUGAGCGAGAGUGUCUGA